AUGGGACUCAGCUGCUUCAAGUCCUGGAAACAUGACAGUACAGGCCACAAAGGUAACAGAGACGUGUUGGCCAGCCCAGGCUCGUACUUCUUCCUGUCUAACAGCGCCGGUCAGGGUGACGAGUGGCUCAAGAGCCUCAACAAGGGAGUCUGGAUCCCUUUCACAGGGGUGUUUGGUCAGCGCCUGGAGGAGACAGUGCUGUAUGAGCGCCGUUAUGGGGUGCGUUUAGUUCCUCUGGUGGUGGAGCAGUGUGUGAACUUCAUCCGGGAGCGUGGCCUGCAAGAAGUGGGCUUGUUUUGCCAGCCGGGACAGGCCAGUCUGAUGAAAGAGCUGCAGGAGGCGUUUGAUGCAGGGGAGAGGCCGUCCUUCGACAGUGGCACAGACGUCCACACGGUGGCGUCGCUGCUGAAGCUCUACCUCAGACAGCUGCCGGAGCCCCUGGUUCCUUACCGACGCUACCAGGACUUCCUGCUCUGUGCUCAGAAGCUGUCGAGUGACCGCACACUGGUUUUGGGGGAGUUGAGGAAUCUUCUUCAUGAGUUGCCAGUUGCAAACUUCAACCUGCUCAGCUUUAUCUGCCAGUUUCUAAAUGAGGUCCAGAGUCACUCAGGCAGUAACAAGAUGAGCGGCCAGAACUUGGCCACUGUGUUCGGGCCAAACAUCCUCCGAGCCAAAGCUGAAGACCCGCAAAGCAUCAUGGGAGGUGCAGCACUGGUCAAGGUGCUGAUGUUGGAGCUGAUCAGAGAGCACGAGUCUCUGUUUGCCAAAGUCCCCACAGCUGCCUCCGCCCGUCCACCUGGAGGGUUGCGUGCAUCACCAAGUGCUCUGAGGCAGCCUCAUCUCCACCCGCCGCCCUGCCUCCGCCAGCUGUCUAUGCCUCUCAUCGUGGAGCGCUCCAGAGAGACCGCCGCAGACGAACAGAACCGCAGCUGCGCCUACUCUGCUUCCGCCAAAUCAGACUUGUCCUCUGGCCAGAAGAGACUCCUCGGCCAUCGCUACACCUCCUCCCACCCAGAGAACUGCUUCCACCCCCUGCCCUCCUCCAGUCAGCCUCUUCAGCACCACUCUGACAGACACAAUGUAGAUUAUCACCAGCGCCACGCUGGCCAAGGACCAUCCUCUGCAAACAUCCAAGCCUCUACAACCAGCCUGGAGCUACAACAUCCACUGCCAGACAGCUCCAAGCCCAGAGUGAUGCUCAUGAGCUGGGUAAAGGCCUGGCCUGGCCCAGUAGAGGCAGGCGCUGGUUUCUGGAGCUCCAGUGCUGCAGAGGAAGAGGGUGCAGCACCAGGAGCAGCCAGCGGGGGCAGCAGUGAGGGUCAGGAGGACAGCAACCUUUCUGCCUACGACAACCUGGACAGACCAUCUCCACGUCAGAGGUUGGAGGAAGUUACCGGUGGACAUUUUGAAACCAAUGAUCCGGGGGGUCAUAUUGGAUGUUGUGAAGAGGAGGUGGAGCUAGAGGAGGCGGGGCAGACAAGGCGCUCCUCCUCUUCAUGGUCUUCCUGCGAGGUUCUACCAUUGGACGAGAGCAGUAAUGCUGUGGUUAGCCCUGACAUGUCGCCAAAGAGACCUAAAAGGUCGCCUUCAGGUCAGGUAGCAGAAGAGGAAAACAGUGAUGAUGACGAUCAAGAAGACAACAAUGAAGACAAUGAUGAUGAUGAUGAUGACGUCCACCACCCUAACUCCCCAGCCUCCGGUUCUGUACUCAGUGACAGCCCUCUCAGUACGGGCAGCUCGGAGGUGUUCCUCCCCUCUGCUCCUCCAGACCUCCAGGGGCCUGAGCCUCAAUCACAACCCAGAGAUGCUCACUCACUCCUGGCCAAGCUGCGGCAUCAGAUGGCCCAGCAGAGGGCCGAGUACCAGGCCAGGAUACAGAGGUUGGAGCGCUGCAAUGAUGUCCUGGAGCGGCAGGUUGCCGUACUGCGGGUCGGACUAGAGCAGCAGAGGCGCAGCCGCAGCGUCGCCGAGAUCAAGAUCCGUAACAUGGAGCGAGCCAAAGAGGACGCCGACCAACGCAACAGCACGCUGCAGAGAGAGAUGGAGCUGUUCUUCCAGAUGUACGGAGAUAUCAAAAGAAGAGGAGGGGAUGAAGGCGGAAGAGGAGGAGGGAGUCUCUGAACAUGGAUAGAAAGAUGAAGGGUAUGGAUAGGUCGGACAGGAAUGGAGGGUUUGGGCUUCUGGCCGUGAGCUGAAUGCAGCAUCAUGUCCUUUUGACUUUGCUCUGAUAAAUAGCAGGACUUGUUGGGAAUGAAACAAACAAUCAAAUGUUAUUAUUCAAGCAAACUUUAAGCUACAGAUCUGAAUCAACUGGACAUUUUUCCUCACUGGCUACACACUGUUUUUCCACUUUAACAAAGACACAUUGACUGGAUGCUGUAUGAAAUGAGUAGUGAGACUGACUGCACUCCAACAGAAGCAGGGUGAAGACGUUUCUGUUUUUACAAACAUAAAGAGAGUCCUGUUCACUCUGCAUGAAGAUGCUUUUGCAAUAAAACACUCUCACGCUUUACUUGAAAAAUAAACUCAGUAUAAAUCAGUGAAUCUUUUCAGUGUAUUUGUCAGUUUUGAACAUGAUGUGUCCGGUGGGGCUGGUUGACUUUAAGACCCCAGAUUAUCUGCUGUAAUUGGUAUUAAUCACUGAGGCCUGCUGGGAAAUACAAUUGGACUAAUUUCGGUUUUUGUUUGUCCUCCAAAUUCUGUUAAAUUUGACAGUUCAGGUUUGUUAGGAAGCUCCCCUUUGACUGAUAAUGGAGGAGCAACAAGCCAAUAUCAGCCAAUCAG